UCUGUUAAAGUGAACUGUCGCAACAGGCCAGGUAAUCAUCUUGGGAGUGAUAGACCACAGAGAAACCACAGCCAAAUUAAUACAGCGGGUGGUGGGUGGGAUGGUUUAGUAGCUGAAACAAAACCACUACUUUAGAAAUGCCCACUGCAAAGUCCUUCAUUCGUGUCUCUCGUUAACUCUAACCCACUCUGUGCGCCUGGAGCGUUCCCAGACAGGAUGACCGACUACGAAGCUGCCACCGCCUUCCUCGGAGAAUGGGGACCUUUCCAGCAGCAGGUGUUUUUCCUGCUCUGCCUGAGCACCGUACCCAACGGUUUCACCGCCCUGGCCAUCGUGUUUCUCGCUGACACGCCGUCCCACCGCUGCCUCAUCCCCGAGCACGUCAACCUCACCGCCGCGUGGAGGAACAGCAGCAUCCCACUGGAGGUGGACAACCACAGCGGCGCGUUGGUGCCCAGCAAGUGCUCCAGAUACAAACUUAAUGACAUGCGGAGUUUCUCGGAGACAGGUCUACUGCCCGGCGUUGAUGUUAAUCUGUCUAAUGUGCCGAGAGAAGGCUGCUUGGACGGGUGGGAAUAUGACCGCAGCGUUUACAUUGCUACUAUCGUAUCUGAGUGGGACCUGGUGUGUGAUAACAGGUGGAAGAACCCGUUGACUUCCUCUGUCUUCUUCUGUGGCGUUCUCACUGGCUCCUUCAUUUCAGGACAGCUCUCUGACAGGUAUGGGAGGAAAACAGUGCUGGUUGUUACCAUAGCAGUCCAGAUACUGUUCACAUUCUUCGAGAUCUUUUCUCAAUCCUGGGCCGUGUUCUGCGCCCUGUACUUUGUGGUCGGGGUGGGACAAAUCUCCAAUUAUGUGGCUGCGUUUGUGUUAGGAGCAGAGAUUUUUGGACCAAGCGUGCGGACAAUUUUUUCCACUGCGGGCGUGAGUCUGUUCUUUGGUGCAGGCUACAUGCUGCUGCCGCUGUUUGCUUUCUUCAUCAGAGAUUGGAGGAUGCUUCUCCUCGCCCUCACCCUGCUUGGCUUCCUUUGUGUGCCUGUCUGGUGGUACGUACCAGAAUCUCCUCGGUGGCUUCUGUCUCAGGGAAGAAUAGAAGAGGCUGAGGCCAUAGUGAGAGCUGCUGCUAAGAGGAACAAAAUCGAGGCACCACCGGUCAUCUUUAUUCCUUCCCAGAUAGAACUUCAGCCUGAGAAGGGGACAGCCCACAACAUCUGUGACCUACUACGUUCUCCAAACAUCCGCUGGAUUUCUGUCACGCUGUGGCUGGUCUGGAACACUCUGACUAUCGCCUACUUUGUGCUUUCCCUGAAUACGGGGAACCUUCAUGGUGACGCGUACUUCAACUGUUUCCUGUCAGCUGUGGUCGAGAUGCCAGCCUACACUUUAUCAUGGGUUUUGUUUCGCUGGUGUUCCAGACGACUGAGCCUCUCCUUGUCCCUCUUCAUGGGAGGACUGUUUCUACUACUCAUGCUGCUCAUACCAGCAAACCUCAUCUCUCUAGCCAUAACACUGGAGAUGGCAGGGAAGUUUGCAGUGACAACAGCAUUUGCAAUCGUAUAUGCCUACUCAGCUGAACUCUACCCGACUGUACUGAGGAAUACAGCUGUCGGCGCCUGCUCUAUGGCCUCCAGAAUAGGAAGCAUCAUUGCCCCAUACUUUAUUUACUUAAGAAGCUAUUCUAUUUCACUGCCUUACAUCCUUGUGGGAAGUCUUACAGCUCUGUCCGGGUUGCUGAGUCUCCUGCUGCCUGAGAGCUAUGGAAUGCCUCUGCCCGAGACCAUCGCUCACAUGCAACGCUUCCCUGGGUGCUGUCAGAAGACGCUUUAUACAGUCACACAAACGGAAGAAGAGGAAAACACAGGUGAAACUAAGUCUUCGGGUUCUCCCUUAAACAGGGAGCAGCACUGAUAUCCAGCUUGAGGGGGAUAACUGGACAAA